AUGUCUACCAAUCCCAAUCAAUACUUUCUACUUGCGGAUCACAUAAAAUUAUCAUUACUGGAAAGACAACGUGCUAUUUCCCUGAAUUUGGAACCUACAUCCCAAGAUGGUCAUAUUUCACGGUCGUUGGAAUCUUUACGCGAAGGUUUGGAGAAUAUAACGAAUGAAAGGAUACGAUUAGAAGAAGCAGGAGAGACAUCAUCUCAAUCCCUUACCCUCCAAGAAACCGAACACACCCUCCGAACACAAUAUGACGACCUAGCCUCUCAAUUUCUCGGUCAUCCCACCACCAGUACUUCAUCCACCCUCUCACACCCCAAUGACCCCUCCCUCUCCAACGAUUUUGCCCGAGCAACCGAACGUCCGCGCGUGGGAUCCUCCUCCUCCUUCCUCAAAAAAUCUUUACGCAAUUCUGCCGUUGCUCCAUCCCCCAAAUCCGUUCGCUUCAGCGACUCUCCUUCCAUCCAAGAAGCAUCCGAUCACGCCCGCGCCGCACUCUUUCCUUACCGUGAUGACCCCUCCGGUCCCCCAGAUCAAAGCCAUCUCGACAACCAACAAAUACACGCCUAUCAUUCUCAAGUGCUUGCUGAACAAGACGAGGCGCUUGAUAGACUUGGAGAAAGUAUUGGUCGACAGAGAGAACUGAGUAUACAAAUCGGUGAUGAGUUAGAUGAACAUGUACAGAUGUUAGAUGAAGUGGAUAGACAUGUGGAUCGUCAUCAGAGUAGACUGGAUAAAGCGCGAAAGAAUUUGGGGACCGUGGCAAGGAAAGCGAAGGAUAAUAUGCAGAUGACUAUUAUUCUGAUUUUGAUCAUUAUAUUAGUCUUGUUAAUCAUUAUUUUAAAGUAG